AUGACCGACUCUCUCCACGCACCACCAGUUCACUGUCUGCUCCAUAUCUCUGGUGUCUCCGUCGAUUUCAGCAGGUCACGAAAGAAUGUAGAGUCUGCUGAAGCACGGAUUGGCAAGUCGCACAGGCAAAUCGAACGAGGUGCAGGGAAGACUUUGCGACAGACAUUUUCUCCAUCCAUGAAGGUUUCUCUCGGGGAUUCAUUUUCCUUACAUGUACGGCACAAGACAUUCCUUGGAAUGAGGAUCGCACAUCAAGACAUUGUAUUCGAUACCGAAGACAUGUUCCGUGAGUCUCGUGAAAGAGUAGAACUCAAGAAACUAGCGUACAACAAGUCUCAUAAAAAUUUCCAGAUCGUCGUCGAACUUUCCAGGAACGCGACAACCGAAGCUGAGCAACCCGUCUCUUCUUCCGAUGAAAACCGGGAGCUCCAGCCCACCACUGACGAAAUCAUCCGGAUUUGUCCUCGGUUCCGAAUUCUGGUUAUAGGAAAGACCGGCGUCGGCAAGUCUUCGCUCAUAAACAGCGCGUUUGGAGUGGAAAAAGCUCUCACUUCGCAUGAUAGGCGAGGUGAUGCUAACAUUGAUACCGAGUUCAUCUCAGAACAGAACGAGAGAUUCGUUCUCCAUGAUAGCAAAGGUUUUGAACCAGGGGAAGAAGAUAACCUCAAAAUAGUCCAAAAUUUCAUUGAACGUCGGAAAAACAUGCCUGCUUUGAAAGAUCAACUGCACGCUAUUUGGCUUUGUUUUGAGAUACCCCGUGCAGGCGGGCGCUUACUAGAGACCGGUACGGAAGAAUUCCUGACACUGAAGCGUGACGGGAAGCUGGGAAAAGUGGCAGCUCAACUUUUUGUCAAAGUCCCCGUCAUUGUCGUAUUCACGAAAUUCGACAUGCUCAUCGACCGCCUGGAUCGUACCUUGGAAGAAAUAGGAUCGGACGAAGAUGCCUUCAAGGAACUCGUUAAGAACAAAGCAGACAUCGAGCUACAGGAUGUCUGCAUCAGACCCCUAGAGAAAUUCGCAGGGCCUGGUAUCCCCCACGCUACGAUUUCUACAAAAAGAAACCAUAAGGAAACACUCGCUCGUCUGAUCAAAGUGACUGAAGACCACGUCCGUCAGAAUUUUGCGAUCGAAGCAUCGGUGAUGACCUCCAUCGCCCAGCGCGUGGAUCCUGAACUCAAAUUCAAGGCGUCCAUUGAAGUUGGGAAGAAAAAAUACUGGAAGGUGCUCGUAUCAUGCGCAGCAUUCAAGGACCGUACAAUGUGGGACUGUCUAUAUGUGCUCCACACCGACAUUGUCGCUGUGUGGAACUUCCAUGACCCGCAUCAUUACUUGCACAGCCCAGAGUUCAGGAAACUAAUGGUCAACAUGGUCAAUGAGUUAGAAGACGGACCUACGACUAAUCCCAACCAGACUAUUGCUGGGCGGCUCUCCAUUGUGGGUACCAUUGCGGGCAUCCUGUCCGCCCUGGCAGGAUCUGCGACUCCCAUCGUGGUGCCGAUCGCGGCAGGUGUUGUACUUGCCCGAUGGGUUUACGAGGUGUACCAGCUGUCCCGCGUCGUACUUCAGCGCUUCAUGUCCUACAUUGUCGACUUGACUCUCGUGUUGCAGAUACUUCAUCUUGUGUCUGAAAGUCAGGAACUGUCUCCUAGGGCCAUCAAGCUUGCGGUGGCUUCCUACCUCGCCUCGCCGACGAGCGAGGAAGUUCAUACUCGUAUUCAGUUGUAUGAUAGGGAAUUGACACUCCUGGCCCGCACGGAUCGGGAUAUACUGGAUAAAGUCAUUGACAUGAUGCGCUUGUAUAGCAUCAAUGCAGAGGCCAUUUCCAAACUUCGGCAAGACAUUCCGGCUGUGGCCUCAGCACCAGAUGAACCAUGGGAAGAAAACACGGCGAGCACUUGA